AAAAUAAAAGACACAAACCAGCCAAUGACCUUUAUUCUGAAUGUUAGGACCGGAAAUGCUGUUGCUUAUUGCUGCUCAUUUGACGCGGCUUCCUGCAAACACACCGUCUCUUAGCGAACAUGGCGGCAACUUGACAACGGCAGCGAGAUGAAGACGGUGAGGGCUUGAAAAGAAAAGAGGUCUGUUACAGGCUGUAGGCCCAUCCGCCAACACAAAGGCAGACAGCUUCGCCAUGUUGGAAGAGGAUAGCGCCCUUGUCCCUGAACGACCGAGGCCGGGGAAAACGUAAACGCGUCGGUGAGUGUUUCUAAAAACGGAGUCGAGGCUACGCAGAGGAGCGGAGCGGAGCGGCGCGGAGCUCAAGGCGGACGGGAGGACAGCGGCUUCACCGGUCAGCCAUGGAGGAUGCGGCCCGUGGUCGCCAGCGUCUAAUUUCCCAUCCGACCCACGCUCAUUUUAAUGGGAAUUACCGCUGACUGCAAAGGCAAGCCGGGACAACCCACCACCCGACACUUGAGGGGAGGAAAACGCGAAGCGGACCCCACGUCAAUGACUGUUGCGGCAGAGGAGCCCCCACGGUGGAGUCGGCCGGUUCCCAAAAUAUGACCAGGGGUGCUGGGACGUGUUGGCAGCAAGAAGAUGACGACGGCUUCCAAAUCUGGCUAGAGCCCCCCCGCGACAACCAAAAGCCAUUCACCGACUCAGAGAGGGCGCAGAGAUGGCGACUGUCCUUGGCAUCCCUCUUGUUCUUAACCAUCCUCCUCUCUGAUCACCUGUGGUUCUGCGCCGAGGCCAAACUGGCCCGGACCCGGGACAAGUUCGCAGCCUCCCACCUCCUCUCACCCCAGACCCACUCAGCACACAGCAGCCUCAGAGGAAACCCAGAUGCUAUUUUUAUAGGAAACUCUACCAAACAUUUGUGGCGGCUUGAAACUUGCCACCAGGAUAGUUUAUCUAAGAACUGCUUUGCUUUCGCAGAUGCCGAAGAUUUGUGCAGGGGCCUUUCCGACAAAGAGGGGACGCGGGCUGUAAAUAUGAGCGAUUUGUACCUUUCCUUUUGUAACUCCUACUCUCUGCUGGAUUUGUUUUACGGGUCGACAAAUCCGGACAAUUUGAACUGCAGCCUCGACGUGCUCGGCGAUGGCGACACGAACAGAUGCAUCCUGUGCGUCCAGGCGUACCAGCGCUACGACCAGCACGCCCAGGAGAAAUACGAGGACUUUGAGCUCCUGAGUCAGAAAUACGAGCCGGGGGCAUAUUCAGUGAGGACGUGCAUGGAGCAGUGCAAGAUGGCCUAUAAGCCCUGGCUGUGUGCUCAGUAUUUCCCCACCACCCAGCAGUCCUGUCAGAAGAAGGUACCGUGCCACCAGUACUGCCUGGAGGUCCAGCAGAGCUGUCCGUUCAUCCUGCCCGAUAACGACGACCUGAUCCACGGCGGCAGCCCCAGCUUCAUCUGCACAGGGCUCUUGGGAGAACAUCCAUCAGACAGUGAGGCGGAGUGCUGCGACGUUCGAUGGGACUCCAAAAUGGACAACCCAUCAGGCGGGACACUAAAAAGGACUGCUUCUUCCUGCCAGCCCGAGGGGGCCUCGGUCACCUCCGCCGCCACCCCGAGACUGUGCAGCGGGCGACUGAAGAUCUGCCUGCUGGCCCUCGUCCUCCUACACACUGUCAUCAUCAUUUCAGCCUCUCAUAAUUCUACGUUGGUGGGCAUGGCUGCCAUUUUCUCACCAGAGGAGAGUGCUUCAAAUGAGGAGUGAACCUUGGGGUUGAAUCAAGGCUGGAGCUUGUAAAGAGUGAUGUCGCCCGAGAGGAUUAUGGCUUUUACAAUGUCAUGGCUGCCAGGGACACAUCUGGCGAGACAUGCUGGAAAUGCCUCUACAAUCUGCCGCAGAUGAACCAUCAACUACAGGAAGUGGGAGGGUUUUAACUGGAGCUAAGGGUGCUGGGAUUGGACAUCGACGAACCGAGAUGUUUGAGAACCACCCCCCUAAAGAACUGACCUCUUGCCACUUGAAACCUGCUCAUUGUUUCUAUUCCAUCCAAAUGUUUUCUAGCAUAUUGUCCCUCCUCUCCUUUCCUCUCCUCUCCCUUCCCUUCUUCCCUCCCUUCCUUCCCUUCCGUUUUCGGUGUGUGUAUGGAUGGUACGUCAGAGGGAAAACAGACAUUACAAAGUGUGUGCUCUCACUCAUCAUUACCCAUAGAUUUCUGCUGCAUUAUUUUCAGGUGCCAGAAAGUUUUGACAUAUCAGCUGUGGUCCACUUCCUCCUCUCCAUCACCUUAAAGGCAUCAUCUUAACUACCUUGUAUGUGAUGUUGCUCGGGGGUCUGCCAGGACCAGCUCAUCCAUCCUUCAUGUGGGUCUGUGAAAACAAAAUGUUUGUGAUUCUUCUAUAUUCUGAUGUUCAGCUUGUGUUUUGUCCCACUAGAUCUUUUCUCAACCUCUAUACGACGGUACAUGCCUACACAUUUUAGGACCUUAAGUGCUCUGAGACUGGGCGCGCUCUCUCUUCUAACUUGUUGGGCCAUUGAGCAAGUUAGCAGGGAGGAAGGUAGUGACGGUUCAGCUCGUGAUCCCAGGGUGUUGCGGGAGUCGAUGCUGAGCUUAGAGGCCGUGCGUCGCUGCCUGGAGGGGAAGCGGUGUUCUCUGGUUUCCAAAACGUGUUCAGUUUACCUCAGACGGUAGUGUCGGUGUUGCAGGGGAGGCAGCCCGGUGGCUCGUCGUAACGCCACAGCGAGUGUUUGCAGCUGUCAUGCAUGUGACUGUAGGGACACUAGAGGACGGGUGUAUGAAGUCAAAACACCAGGGGCCUCAUUUAUCAACUGUGCGUUAGCUAGUUUCUACACAGAGUCCCAUUUAUCAGCUUCUUCUCAUGCUUGAAAAUGUGCACAGGGAUUUAAAUCAAAUUACAUAGAUAUGAUUGGACCAAACAAAAGGGGGCGUGGCUUAUCAGAUAGCCAUUUUUAUUUAUAUAUCACAAUCACAAAUUUGCCUGCAGGAGCUUUCUAUUCUGUACACCUUACACCACCCUCUAUUCUUAGAGCCUUGAACGCAGCAUGAGGCCUGUAGGUCUGUUGUCCUCCACCCUCACCUCCCUCACCCCUGUUGUCAGAUCAGAAAGAUUCAAACACACACCUCUAAGAUAUUCCUGCUACCAGUAAGUGCAGUUUUAUAUGUUGGGUGUGUUAGCUAGUUACCCAUAAUCACACUUGAUUGAAUACAUUUACCCUUGAGUGCAAGAUGAGUCAUCAGAUUUUGAUAUUACUAUUUUAAUCUCACCGUCUUUAAUGUCUCUGGUUUCACUUGUACUCACAGAAUUUUCAUGUAGCUCUGUGGAAAUGUGGGAUUUUAUCUACAAAAUGUUCUUGGAGAGAAGGUUUGUCAGUAGACAGUAGAUUUAUAGAGUAACAACAGGCAUAAUAUUGUUCCAAACAAACCUGUCCAGAUAGUAGGGAGAUGUUCACGAAUUGGGCACACCACAUUACACACAGUCCAACCACAUUCACAACUGCCAGCAACAAAUGAUUUGUGUAAAUGUAGAGCACAGUCAAACAGAAAAUAACACAAGUAACACUGCAGGAACCCAGGCAAAAUGAGACCUAUGUUCAUGAGGCAUUCUGGGGGCGUCUCUGUAUCUAAAUGAGCCUUUAUGUGCAUAAACAGAUGGAGGUAGAACAGGAGAGAUUUAUCACUGAGCACUGCACGAAGGUGUGUUUGGGGAAAAUACCAGCUUUUUUCUUGACAUUUAUAACUUCUCCACUCGCUUUGAUAAAUGAGGCCCCAGAUCUUUGAGUGCCUCUCUGCUGGGGAAAAAGAGGGGAAAAAGCUGCUUUGUGGCCUCCUCACUGCUGUCGGCUCGACUUCUCGGUAGUUGGCGCGAGUGACCAAGAACCACCAAAUCAAUCAAUCAAUCAAUCAAUCAAUCAAUCUGUCGACUCUUAAAACACCCUUAGACAAGCUGAUCAACCGCUAUCUUUCACAGACUAGCAAAGGGCUGUCUAGUGUCAGCGUGCGAGGAGUGUGAGGAGUUUUAAAGGGCUGAUCCAUCUGAUUUUGUUCUGUUUUUUUUUUCUUCCUUUUUUGCAUGGCUGCUGCUAGUAAAGUGCACAUUGAUGUAAGGGGACAGGUCACGCAGGGAUUAAGAAGAGUUUAAACUCCCCUUUUUAUCUAGAGAAAAGGAGAUUUAUCCAAUCUGAUACCAUGAGCAACUGGUGAUAAACCAAAAAGCUAAGGACGCUAAAUCCAGCUAAUGAAGAUAGUUGUUGUCAUCCAUCCUAGUUGCCUCUAACGACAGACAGAUUGGAGUUUCAACUUCACCUCCAAAUUGUUCUUGGCUGUGACAGCGUGGUAUCAGUGCCUCCUCCCUCCCCCAUUAACAGCUUGACUUUACCUCGCCUCACAUCACGUACUGGCCAUUGAUUUGCUCUUCACACACACACACACACACACACACACACAGCAUCAGUGGGAUGUCACAUGGAAGUCAAGUCCACGCUUGCCUCUGGAUUUUCGAGACACAGUUCGUAGACUUUAGCCCUCAGUUUACUCUCUGAUCCCUUUUUGCUUGAUAUUCUCGUGUGGCGUGUUGUUCCGUUUGUUUGUUUGUUUUUCCUUGACAAACUGUGUUGACGAGAGCUACAUUCCCUUGAAGACAGCAGCGGAUGUAACAGGCCCACACUUUGUGCUCCGUCCCUAUCGAUCUCUAGCUGUUCACGAUCUGAGUCCUGUGGAUCUAUGCAGAUGAACCCCACCUCAAACUAACCCACCCACUCUCCCCUAAUCCACCACCACCGCCGCCACCACCACAAACCCCCCUUGUCCUUUCUGUUGUAAAUAUGUCCUGAGGAUGUGGGAUCCCAAAAUGGCCACCUCUCCUUCCCCCCAACCUCCCCCACCCCCCCACUGUUGGAAUCUCAGUGUUUUCUGUUUGCCUCCUUGGUUUUUGUCUGUUUUUUGAGAUUUUUGCCGCAUUUUUCUGUUGUCUAAAGCAGUGGUGUGAGUUGAUGAGUAGGACUAAGUUGGAUGUUAAAAAGAUGAGAUAAAGAGGUCUUAAGAAAAAUAUACAAAAAAAUGAAGCUUGAAUUGAGAAAAGGGUUCAAAUAUAGAGAAAAAAUUAUGAUAAAGUUGUCAUAUUGUCAUACUAGAGAUGCUUUAGUUUGCUAAUUUACUUUCUUUUUUUUCUACAAAAGACUUGGAUGAAAUUAUUUAUAAAAUGCGUCCCACGAGUCAUGAUCUUUUUUGGACGUAAAACAAAUACAUUUAUUAACAUUUUGUUCAAAAGAAAAUAAAUAUAAAUUAUGUUAAACAUUA